CGCCGGACCGGGCCCGCCGCCGGUCCGAUGCCGCAGCGGGAGCCGCGAUGGAGCGGCGGGAUGGAGGCCGCGCUCUGCAUCCACACCUGCCUCUGGCUGGGGGCCGCCUGGCUCCCCGGGGCCGCCCCGCAGGACGGGGGUCUGAGCUGGGCCGUCAGCCUGGAGGCUCCCGAGGAGGAGGUGGAGCAGCGGGCGGAGGAGCUGGCCCGGGCGGCGGGGCUGGUGAACAUGGGCCGUGUCGGGGAGCUGCGGGGACAUUACCUCCUCUCUUGGCCGCCUCCCCGUGGCCGCUCCCCCGCGGCCGCCCCGCCCGAAGCCGUGCGGAGGUCGGUGGAGACUCUGUUCGCACAGCACGACAGCGUGCGGUGGCACUCGGAGCAGAAGCUGCUGAAGCGCUCCAAGCGCAGCCUGCACUUUAACGACCCCAAGUACCCCCAGCAGUGGCACCUGAACAACCGCAGGAGCCCCGGCAGGGACAUCAACGUCACCGGGGUCUGGGAGCGGGACGUGACGGGACGUGGCGUGACCGUGGUGGUGGUGGAUGAUGGCGUGGAGCACACCGUGAAGGACAUCCAGCCCAACUACAGCCCUGAAGGAAGCUACGACUUGAACUCCAACGACCCCGACCCCAUGCCUCACCCCGACGAGGAGAACGGGAACCACCACGGGACGCGCUGUGCCGGGGAGAUCGCGGCGGUGCCCAACAACAGCUUCUGCACCGUGGGGGUGGCCUAUGGCAGCCGCAUCGCAGGCAUCCGUGUGCUGGACGGGCCCCUCACAGACAGCAUGGAGGCCAUUGCCUUCAACAAGCACUAUCAGAUCAAUGACAUCUACAGCUGCAGCUGGGGUCCAGAUGACGAUGGGAAGACUGUGGAUGGCCCCCACCAGCUGGGGAAGGCUGCCCUGCAGCACGGGGUCAUGGCGGGGCGCCGGGGCUUCGGCAGCAUCUUCGUGGUGGCCAGUGGCAACGGGGGCCAGCACAACGACAACUGCAACUACGACGGCUACGCCAACUCCAUCUACACCGUCACCAUCGGUGCAGUGGAUGAGACGGGCUCCAUGCCGUUCUACGCCGAGGAGUGUGCAUCCAUGCUGGCUGUCACCUUCAGUGGUGGGGACAAGAUGAUGAGGAGCAUUGUGACAACAGACUGGGACCUGCAGAAGGGCACGGGCUGCACGGAGGGGCACACGGGGACCUCGGCUGCUGCUCCCUUGGCUGCAGGGAUGAUUGCACUGAUGCUGCAGGUGAGGCCCUGCCUCACCUGGAGAGAUGUCCAGCACAUCAUUGUCUUCACUGCCACCAAGUACGAGGAUCGUCGUGCCAAGUGGGACAAGAACCAGGCAGGCUUCAGCCACAGCCACCAGCACGGCUUUGGGCUCCUCAACGCCUGGCGCCUGGUCAAUGCUGCCAAGGUGUGGGAGUCUGUCCCCUACCUCGCCUCCUACAUGAGCCCCGUGCUGAGGGAGGGCAGGAGCAUCCCCCUGCUCCCACAGGAGCUGGAGGUCACCUGGAAUGUCACCACCACCGACCUGGAGCUCUCCGGCAUGAGAACCUUGGAGCACGUGGCAGUCACCAUCACCAUAACCCACCCUCGCCGUGGCAACCUGGAGAUCAGGCUCUUCUGCCCCAGUGGAAUGAUGUCCCUGAUAGGGACCACCAGGAGCAUGGACUCGGACCCCAAUGGCUUUGCUGACUGGACCUUCUCCACCGUCCGGUGCUGGGGUGAGGAGGCACAGGGCACGUACAGGCUGGUGGUCAGGGACAUUGGAGAUGAAAGCUUGAGGCCUGGCACUUUGAAGCAGUGGCAGCUGACUCUGUACGGCUCCUCCUGGUCCCCAGCAGAGAUGAGGGAGCGGCAGAGGCUGCUGGAGGAAGCCAUGAGCGGGCGGUACCUGAGCAGUGACUUCUCCCUGCCCUGCCCACCAGGGCUGGAGAUCCCCGAGGAGCAGCCCCACACCAUCACAGCCAAUACCCUCAAGACCCUCCUGCUGCUGGGAUGCUUUGCCGUGUUCUGGACUUUCUACUACAUGCUGGAGGUUUGCCUGACCAGGAACAGCGUGGGGCUGGACGUGACCUGCAACGGCUCCACCAGCUGCAGGUGGUACCAGCAGGGAGGGAAGCACAGCAGCACCCUGGAGAACGGCCUGGAGAUGGAGUCAGUGCCACUCUACCGGGAGAAGGACAUCGAGGAUGUCGAGAUUGAGUGUGAGCACCUGCAGCCUGCCCAGCAGGACGAGAGGGAGGAGGGGUCCUGGACUUCCACCCACCCCAAACUCCCCAGCAGCAGCUUCCAGGAGGCCCCCCCGGUCGUAGCAGGGUACCGUGGCCGGGAGGAGGACAGGGAGCACCAGCCCUGCUAGCUGAGGCUGGGGUUGGGGCUGUGUCCCCCCUUUAGGUACGUGCAGCGGAGACCUCCCUGCCACCACCUUGGAGGUGGCUCAGAAGCAGGAGGAGUGCUGGCAGCAGGAGGGGACCUGCCCCUUCCCUGCCUCUGGAACACAACACAAGCCUUAACCCCCUCCUCACGGAGCCCGUUCCCCGCCGGGCUGCAUAGAGCCCGCAGCGAUGCCUGCAGGGUGCCUGCUGCAGCACUGUCACUGUCACCUGCCUGUCCUGAGGGUCAGGAGCUGGCCCGGGACCCCGGUCCCGCCCAGUUGGGCAGCAGGGACUCCUUUUGCCCAUCUCCAACCAGCGCUUGCUCCCUGUCCCCUGCACCCUGACCCCGUCACCUCCUCCUGUGUCCUGCAGCCAGGCAGGGGGUGGCUGCAGCGCUUUGACCUCUUGCUGGGGGGGCAGCAGGGGCUGUCCCUGUGGCAGGGGCACAGAUGGUGGCCCCAGGUCUGCCCGCCCGGUGCUGGGAGGGCCAAGGCCACAGGCAGUGGCUGCUCAGGCCGGGCAGGGGAGGCUGAGUUGGGCUGGCAGUGGCUAAGGGGCGGGCUUGCUCAUGCGUCCUUGGGUGUGUUUGGGUUAUUUUUUUAAAGCUGGGGUUUGUUUUUUUUAAUCAGCAAAGCCCUUUUGUGUAGCUUUCCAAAUAAAGUCUUAAAAACCCUC